AUGAAAGCUCGAGUAUUACAUCUCGUUUCCCGGCCGCGGCCGCAGCCGGACCCUCUACUGUUCUCUCACAGGCUCUAUAUUUCCACUUCGACUACUUCGCAUAUAGCUAGAUCGUCUACAACGAAGGCGGCGCCUACUACGGUGGCAACGAGUGAGGCCGGAAAUGCAGCGCAUCCGCACCAUCACCAUCAUGAUAUUCCCUUCCCCUCUACUUCGGCCGCGCAACCCUCGUCUGUGGCCGCCGCUCCUCUCGCCGGCCUCCCGACCCGAACCUUCCUUCGUUCGCUCUUUCUCACCAGUGUGAUGGCCUCGCCUCUGCUGACGCCCUGUCUGUCGCUCAUGAAGGUUCUUGUCGACUCCCCUUCCACGUUGCUGCGUCCCUCCUCCAACGCCGCAAUGGACUACCUCCUCCGUCGCACCAUCUACGAUCACUUCUGCGCGGGGACCAACGAGAUCGAAGUUCGCCGGACUGUCCGGGAGAUGAAGCGGCUGGGCUUCAAAGGAGUGAUUCUGGGGUACGCAAGAGAGUCGAUCGCACAUGUGAGCCCGAGUUCUGGUCGGGAACCGACUGCCGCGGUGCUGCAGGGACAGCUACAGCUACAGCAGGCACAGUGGGAACAGGCGGUCAAGGAGUGGAAAGAGGGGAACCUACGCACUCUGAAAAUGCUAGGUGAAGGGGAUUAUCUAGCUGUUAAAUUCACUGGCGCUGGUCCGCUGGCGGUCCACUCGCUCACGCGGAAUGAUCCCCAUCCUCCGCCGCAGAUCGCAGCUGCCAUCCAUGAGAUAUGCGCAGCCGUCGCAGCGCAGAAAUCCCGGUUAUGGAUCGACGCGGAGCAACAAGUGUUUCAGGCGGCGAUUGACUCUUGGGCGGUGGGUCUAAUGAGGAGGUUCAAUCGUCCUUCGGAGACGCCUCAAGAGGAAACCCCCAUUGUUGUUUUGAAUACCUACCAGGCCUAUUUGAAGCGCUCAGCGGACAUCCUGGCUGGCCAUUUGCGUCUAGCGCGUCAAGAGGGCUGGGGAGUAGGUGUGAAGUUGGUCCGAGGGGCGUAUAUUGCGCAUGAUCAACGGGAUAGAAUCUGGGAAACCAAAGAGGAGACGGACGCGAACUAUAAUGGAAUCGUGAGGGCGCUGAUUGAGAAUCGCCACCCCUCCACCUCCAGAGGUGCGGGCUCUAAGCUUGGAUCCGAAAGGGCGGAGGAUCUUCCGACAGUGCGACUGUUCGUAGCUUCGCAUAACGGGGAGAGUGUGGCCAAGGCGUGCACUCUCUACCAACAACGACAAAGGGAGGGCCGGAAGACAAUCCCUGUCGAGGUGGGUCAGCUGCAGGGGAUGGCAGACGAGGUUAGUUUGGGAAUGGUAACUGCGGGAGGUCAUGCGGAAGCGAAGCCCGGGGUUUUCAAGUGCCUGGCCUGGGGUUCCACGGAGGAGUGUCUACACUUUCUGCUGCGGCGGGCGGUGGAGAAUCAGUCCGCGAUGCAGCGGACGAGGCAUACAGCACAGGCGUUACGCGGGGAGGCAUGGAGGAGAAUGGUGGCUUUCAUGCGAGUUUGA